AAUUAUAAUCAUAAGAUAACUUUUAUGACAACUAAUGCCGCGAAUGUUCAUAAAAUUCCACGAUUUUAUGGAAUCCAAUACAUCAUAAGAAACAAUUUCCGCAUCGCGAGGGCUAACGAGAUGUUGAGAAAACACGUGGAAGUAAGCGUAAAACAAGGGUAUAAGAACAUUGAUCUGUUAGACAUCUUUAGCACCUCGCAGCCAAUCUGGGAAUAUUCUCGUGACGUGGUUCACUACAACAGUUCGGUUUACAAUGUACAUGCUCGGCUAGUGCUCGAUAAGUUGAUAGCUUGGCUUGAAAAACAA